AAAAAGACUUCACACUCAUCCGGCGUGUUUGGGACCAACGACGACCGCAGAGGAACAAGUUUUUCGAGCCCGAGACCCGAACUGAAGCCAAAACCGGAGGAAAUGGACCUUAAGAAAAUGCUUUUGCGAGAGCUGGACCAGCGGUCGCCGAAAGACGUCAAGGAGCUGAUUCUGGACAACAGUCAGACCAGUGAUGGGAGAAUUGAAGGUAUCACAGAAGAGUUCUGCAAUCUGGAGACGUUGAGCCUCAUCAAUGUCCAGCUGACCACUCUAGCAGAUAUUCCCAGACUGGAGAAGCUGAAGAAGUUGGGGCUGAGCGACAACAGGAUAUCGGGGGGUCUGGAGGUUCUGGCCGAGCGGCUGAAGAACUUGACGCAUCUUCACCUCAGCGGCAACAAGUUUAAAGACAUCAGCACCCUGGAACCACUGAAAAACCUGCCUGAGUUGAAGAGUCUGGAUCUCUUCAACUGCGAGGUGACCAACCUGGCCGACUACAGAGAGUCCAUCUUCAAGCUGCUCCCCAACCUCACCUACCUGGACGGCUUGGACAUCGACAACUGCGAGGCGUCCGACUCUGAGGGCGAGGUGGACGGAGCCGAGGACGACGACGAAGGCUGCGACUCGGAAGACUUUGAGGAUGAAGAGGAGGAGGACGAAGAGGACAUCGUGGCAAUAGAGGAUGAUGACGAAGACGAUGACAGCGGGGAUGAUGAGGACGGACACGUCAACGGAGAUGUUGACAGUGAUGAAGACGUGGACGAUGAAGAGGACGACGAGGACGAGGACGCAGACGACGGCUCGUCUCCCGCCAAAGGAGAGAAGAGGAAGAGGGACCAUGAAGAUGAAGACGACAAAGAUGACGAUUAGUAAUUCCUGACAUCUCUCGUUCUCUCGCCAACUCCCGGGCUGCAUUCCAUUUCUCCAACUGGUACCCUCCCACUGACGCCACACGUCACUAUUUUUUUGUGUUUGUGUGCGUGUGUUUUUUUUUUUUGUCUCCCCAUAACUGACAUUGAAACUUAAGUUCACCUUAAAAGUUUGAGAAGACAUCAUGUGGUUCAGUUUUGUAUCGACGAUGUCGCUGACGUCAUCCCAAAGUUUCUCAGGACCUAAAGCUCCGACUCUUAUCGGCAUCAAGUUAAACGCAUCUCAAGAAGGUCGUUAAGUGUUUUCGUCACUAAUUCCUAGAACAGUCAUUUUUAUACUUAGUUGAGAUAAGUAUGCAAUGCCAGAGGAGGUAAUUGCACCCAAACGUCCCCCAACAAACCAACCCAAGAUGUCAUCAACCCCACAGAGUGCUCAGGGCAAAAUGUUUCCAGUCUAUUUGAUCUUUUUUCUUUUUCGUCUUUGUUUACACUGACUAGGUUUAUUUUAUUAUUAUUUUUUUUUUGUACUUUCUGUAAGUUAAAGGAAAAAAACUACCAAAAAAACAAAACAAACUAAAAUGGACUUUGUAAAUAAAAUCUUAACAUUUUGCUUUUUGCUGUCUCAUAUCUGGAUUGAUUUCCUGGAGCUUCGCCAGCCCCUCAAAGGAGUUGAACACAAGAAGUGCACAAAUAAAGUGGGUUGUUCCUUU